AUGUCCGACUUUCCAGCUCUUCCGGGUUUUUACAACUUCUUGUUUCUGCAUCUCGAGCCGAUCUCUGCCAUCGGACCCAUCAUUAUGACCUUGAUAUCCGGACCGAGUGCUUUCUACAACGAGGUCAUUCCUCCUACUGGCCCUCCACCUGAAAAUAUGGAUCCCCGUGCCGCAAUGGCCAUUUGGCAAUUAUCAAUCAGCUACCUUCUUCUAUUUCUUCUGACAUCACUCGGGUAUCGUGCCGCUCGAGACGCCUUGCGCAAUAAUCUUGUAGCGCAGGAGAGGAUUGUGGGCGGCCUUAUGAUUGCGCUCGCGAUUAUAGACAUCGUCCAUGCGGGGACCACUUUUAUCUUGUUGCCUGAAGAGGUGAAAUAUACACCUCGCAAUUGGAACACAACAACUCACGGGAAUGUGAGCUUUUGUGCUAUUCUGCAUGUGACCAGAAUCUGCUGGUUUUUAGGUGUUGGGCGAAAACGAUAUUAUUACGGCCAACCUGAUGUCACGUUGACAACCUCCGAGAAGUCAAAUUAG